UAUAUAUAAAUAAAUAAAUAAAUAAUUAAAGAUGUCAUAGGUAAUUAUUUGUUAAAUAAAAAUUAUUUGAGUAAUAAAGACAAUUGAAUAAAACUGGAGUUUUGAUGGACUGACAUGUCAUAUCAUUAAUAAUUUAUAAUGAAACAAAAUACAACUCAAACCCACUUCUUUGUUUUCUUUCUAAUUUAAAAUUUAAAUUAAUUAUUUUUGUUUUAUUUUUAUAUCAUCAAAUUAAUUCAAAAUCAAAUAACAUAGUAGCUACCUACUCUACCUUCUUCAAGAUGUUGUAUCUUUAUCAAACCAUACAUAUAUGACAUGACAAAAUAAAAUUACACAAUUUCUAUGUAUAACUAGUAUUAAUAAUACAAGUAAAACAUAGACAUUUUUCUUAUCGAGAUAGAGAAGGUUAAACAUAGACAUCUCUAACGUAAUACAUUAUAAAAUUGUGGUAGUGUAUGCUUUGAUAUAAGCAUAAUUUAAGUUAAUUUCAUAUAUUUGUAAAGGGUAACACUUAGGUGUGUUCUCCGGAAAUAAGAGUAAAAUUUGCUUCAUGUCAAAAUUGGUAAAUUUGUCCGAAUAAUUUACGGAGAGACAUGAUGUUUAGAAUGCACCUAAAUAUUUUUUAUUCGAGAAAGACGGGUCAUUAAUCAUGUGGGAGUUGGUCUCUAAAAAACAUCAAGAGAAAAGAAAAAUAUUCACUCACUCUCUCCUCUCUCUCUCUCUCUCUUCUUCCUUUUAAUAAGAAGAAAAAGGGACACUUGUACAAACUCAUUGAGAGAGAGAUCAAAGUCUCUCUCUCCUCUCUCUCUCUCUCUUUUUCUUUCUUGAUCAUCUUUCAUUUUCUCUUCACACACCAUUAUCGAACUCUUCAAGAUUUUGAAGAGAGAAAGGGAAAAAGGGGUUUUGAGUUUUGAGACAUACAAAACAUACAAAAAUGGUUCCAUCUUGUUUUAGCCAUUCCUCCAUCUCUUCCACACUCUCCAAUGAACCAUUGCAACCACAAUCCCUAAUCAGUUGCAUUUACCAAACCAAUCUCUUCAACCAUUCUCCCACUCUUCUCACCCUCACUUGGUCCUUAUCUCUCUCUUCUCAUUCUCUCUAUCUCCAUUCCUCUUCCUCUUCCUCUUCCUCUCCCUCUCUCUCCACCACUAUCUCUCUCUCCCCUUCCUCUUUCUCCCUUUUCACUCCCACUUCCAAAUCCAUCUCUCUCCCUAACUCCCACAAACUCAAACUCCAUUGGGACUUCUCUAAAGCUAAGUACACUCCCAAUUCAGCUCAACCCAUUUCUUCUUUCUAUCUUGCCAUCACUUGUGAUGGCAAGCUUCAUUUCUUCAUUGGCGACCUCCUUGACGAUUUCGCCCGACGGGCUAAGACGGUUUCCCUCUCGGAUCCUUCCCUACGGGAGGACUACUCGACGACGCUCUUGUCCCGUCGGGAACACGUGUUUGAACGGCGGAAUUGCUAUGUCUCGAGAGUCGAAUUCUUGGGAUCACAACGAGAGAUUGCUGUUGAAUUGUGUAGCGGAAUCCUGAAAGUCUCUGUCGAUGGAGAGGUUAAACUUGUUGUGAAGCGACUCGCAUGGAAGUUCAGAGGAAACGAGAGGUUCUUCAUCAGUGGUAACGCCGUGGACUUCUUUUGGGACGUUUUCAAUUGGGUCAAAAGUGAAGGCAGCGCCGGCGCCGGCGGACCGGGAGUUUUUGUUUUUCAAGUCGGAGAAGGUGGGAUUUGGCCGGAGGUCAUCGGAGCCGAGGGGAAGUUGAUGAAGCGGUGCUUGUCAUCGUCGGCGGCGGCAGGCGGCAUUGGGUCGACGCCAGCUGCGGCGUUUCCGGCAAUGUCGCCGGCGGGUUCGAACUCCAGUGUGUUGCAAUGGGCGGAGGAGAGCAGCAGCGACGGGGGAAGGAGUUCGUGUUCGUCAUCGUCAAGGUCAGGCGGAAUCAAUGGCGGAUUCUCUCUGCUGUUGUACGCUUGGAGGAAGAACUAAAAACUCAAAGGUUUUUUCUUUUUUCUUUUUUGUUAAGUGUCGAAAAUUAAAAAAAGAAAUUGCAUUUUAAUUUUUUAAUUUUUUUUUAACUUUGCUUUUGUAAUAUUUUACUUUGUUAAUUUGUAUUUUGUAAAUAUAUAGUUUUUUGUUUUCAUUUUCUAGAUUAUCGUGUAAAAAUUUAAUCUAAAUCUAAAUUUAAUGUCGUUAAAGUUUAAAAUGUCAAUGUCGAUAGAAAUUGAUAAAACUUAUUAUAAUUAGUUUAUGAAAGUUUGAUUGCUAUCUAA